GCGACAACCAACGCCCAAAACAAAAAAAGUUAAAAAAGCUACAGAAGUGAAAUUGGAACGUUUCACUGAACCCAUAGCGUUUGGCUCAUUCGGCCGUCCCGAAUCGAAACACUUAAAUUAUUAAACAAAGAAACAAAAAGAAAACAAAAACAUCGUCCCUGUUAAUCAACAUUAUAAUAACAUUAGAAACGUCAUUGUGUCAAAUUGUCACUGUCCUUUCUCUCAAACACUUCGAUUUUUAAUUUUGAUUGGUUAGAGAGAGAGAGCACUGAACAGUGAUGAAAAGGUAUAGAAAUGGCGAAAUCUGGGAUUUCGAACAUGAAAUUCCGUUGUCUGAUAAUAAGCAAGUGAUUUUGGGUUUGGAUGGCGGAACCACUUCAACAGUCUGCAUUUGUAUGCCUAUUCUACCCCUGACGUCUCCUUUUCCUGACCCUAUUCCCGUUCUCGCCCGCGCCAUCGCCGGUUGCUCGAAUCAUAAUAGUGUUGGCGAAACGGCUGCCAGACAAACGCUUGAGGAAGUGAUGGCGGAUGCUCUUGCGAAAGCCGGUUCGAAUCGUUUUGCUGUUCAGGCUGUUUGCUUAGCGGUUUCAGGUGUUAAUCAUCCAAACGAUGAGCAAAGAAUUUUAUAUUGGCUUAGGGAUAUAUUCCCCAAUCAUGUGAAGCUGUAUGUUCAAAAUGAUGCUGUGGCAGCUUUGGCAAGUGGAACAUUGGGAAAACUUCAUGGCUGUGUUUUAAUUGCUGGUACGGGGACUAUUGCUUACGGUUUCACAGAAGAUGGCAGGGAAGCUCGAGCUGCAGGUGCAGGACCCAUCUUAGGUGAUUGGGGAAGUGGGUAUGGAAUAGCUGCGCAAGCCUUAACAGCAAUUGUAAGGGCUCAUGAUGGUCGUGGCCCUCAAACAAGUCUAACAUCUAAUAUUUUACAGACUCUUGGUCUUUGUUUUCCAGAUGAACUUAUUGGGUGGACAUAUGCAGAUCCAUCUUGGGCUCGAAUUGCAAAACUUGUUCCAGUUGUUGUAUCUUGUGCAGAGACAGGUGAUGAGGUAGCAAACAAAAUCUUGCACGACUCAGUAGACGAGUUGGCUCUAAGUGUAAAAGCUGUUGUUCAAAGACUUGGCUUGUGUGGUGAAGAUGGAAAUGCUUCUUUUCCUCUUGUGAUGGUUGGUGGCGUUCUUCAAGCAAAUAAGAGGUGGGACAUUGGAAAAGAGGUUGUAAACUGCAUCUCCAGAGACUACCCUGGGCUUCUUCCUAUUCGGCCAACGGUAGAGCCUGCUGUAGGAGCAGCAUUGUUAGCCUGGAAUUUCUUCAUGAAAGAGAGAGAAGGAGGCCUAUGAAAGAUGACUAUUUAAUUGAACUGUACAGAAUUAAGCAAAUGCAUGAAGUGGCAUUUUAUCGAUAUUCUUCUCCGUAUAAUACAAGGUACUACAAAACUGUAGCUUUUUUUCUUUUUCAUUUUUUUUCUGCUGAUACAAAUUCUGUAUUGGCAUGCUAUGUAAAGGUAUUUGCAUUUUCAACUCAUGAAAACAAAAUUGGAAAAAAAGGAAGCCUUGGAUAAUAUGCUGGUGGUGCUUUAUGUAUCAGUGAUCUCUCAAUGUUAAUUAGUAAAGUGUUUUCUUUUUGUUA